AUGGAAGAAGCUACCGACGACCACGUGGAGCGUGUGGUACACAUACCUGUCAGUCCAAGUGUCACUUUGCAGGCAUGGUUGUUCCAGAGCAGAAGCGCUGGUGCUUCCGAACGAGGAGUCGUACUGAUGCAUCCCCAUCCGAAACUCGGCGGUGACGCUCGUUCGAACAACGUCAUGAGUGUGCUGUGUACGAGCCUGGCCAGCUCGAAAAACUAUGCCCUUACUGUGCUUUCUUUCAACUCACGCGGGCAUGGCGGAUCAACAGGUACCGCAACCUGGCGAGGUGAAGCGGAGCGGGAGGAUGUUCUCGGCGCGGCACGUUGGCUUCACGCGCGUCUUGGUGACUCGUCGGCGAUCAUCAUCAUCGGCUACUCGUUUGGUGCAGCGGUCUGUAGUUCCGCCAUAGGGCAGCUGUGCAAGAAUGCUGGCGGCGUACCGCCCUGGCUAGCUGCACUGGUGGUGAUCUCGUAUCCGGCAGGCUUUCUCUCCCGACUCGUUUUGGGUUGUCACCUGGAGCCCACAAAAUAUGUCACUGUGCCCAAACUCUUCAUUCACGGUGGUAGGGAUCAGUUUUGCUCCUCCGGAACGUUUGAGUGGUUGUUUGCGCAGGUUCAAGAACCCAAAGAUCGUGUGUUUUUCCCUGAGGCAGAUCAUUUUUGGGUUGGCAUGGAGGAUGAGUUGGCGCACACGGUGUGUAUGUGGCUGCAAAGUUGUCUCGCUCGUCGAAAUUUACGUAACUCUCAAUGA